AUGGAUACUUUCAGAGGAGGCUAUGACCAUAACCAAUGGAAAUUUGGUAAGAAUGUCUAUAAUGCUGCGGCUGGGUAUGAGUGGUUGAGGGAUCACAAGUCGGAGGUGGAAUGGAGCUCGUGGAUCUGGAAUAGGCUUAACAUUCCUAAAAUGAGUUUCAUUACUUGGAUUGCUAUGUGGAAUAGAGUGAAUACAAGAGAUAGGCUAAAAAGGUUUGGUAGGAUUAGUGAUGAUCGAUGCCUUCUUUACAACAAGGAGCCAGAGACAGGUGCUCAUCUUUUUUUCGCUUGCGAUUAUUCUGCUGAAUGCAGCAGGUUGCUGUGUGAGGAGCUAGGCUUGCAACAACAAUUUUCUUCCCUAGAUCAGUUGGCGGGUUGGAUGAAGAAGCCUCUAGUUGGUAGAUUUAAGAGCUGCGUGAUCAGGAGUUGCUUUUGUGCUCUAGUGUAUAAGGUGAAUCCCGAGACCCCUCAUGAUGAUUUCUCGGGUUGGAGGAUGCUCAAAGUGCAAGGUAGAAGCUUUUAA